AGGCGUGUACGCCCGACACCCACCCGCGCAGGCUUGGAGGAACAUCGGGUCAUGUGACGGUGAGGAAGGGACUCCUGUGUUCUCUUACAUGCAAAUAUUCCAAAGCGCUGAGGCACGGCAGACCAUCAGCUCCCCGCUCUACACAUUCAGGCGUGCAGUGGAACCUUCUCCGCCGCGUGGAGGUUAACCAUGAAGCAUACGCUCCUCUGGCUUCACCUUCUUAUCUCACUACUCUGUGUUAACGUGUCUGUACAAGGUUACAGUGCAUCCACUGAGGUCCGAGGGUUCAUUGGUGAGGAGACUGCAGAAGGUGUAAAGGUGUCCUCCGCUGCUCUGAAUGUUCUGAACAGCAGCCUCACCACAGUCUUCCUCCCUCUCGUUUACAUCUUCAUCUUCAUUGUGGGGUUGCCCACCAACGCCAUGGCCCUCUGGGUGUUCCUCUUCAGGACCAAGAAGAAGCAUCCAGCGUCCAUCCUAAUGGCCAAUCUAGCGCUGGCUGACCUGCUCUUCAUCGUGUGGCUCCCACUGAAGAUCACCUACCACUUCAAAGGCAAUGACUGGACCUUCGGGGCGCCGCUGUGUAAAGUCCUAGUGGGGUUUUUCUAUGGGAAUAUGUACUGCUCCGCUAUCUUCAUAGCCUGCAUCAGCGUCCAGCGCUACUGGGCGAUUGUCCACCCACUUUCUCAGCAAAAAAGGAACAAUCGGGCAGCAGUCUGUGUCUCUGUUUGUGUGUGGGUUGUAGUCUGGGUCCUCACCAUACCGCUCUACAUGUAUGACCAGACCGUUAAAGUCACCAAUAUUGGCAUCCUCACCUGCCAUGAUGUCACUCGCCCCAGCCAGUCACACAUCCCUGUUGGAUAUUUCCUGACCAUGGGCAUUGUGGGAUAUGUAGUUCCCUGUGCGGUCUGUAUCACAGCAUAUACCCUGACAUUUCGCUCACUCAAGACCUCCAUGACUGAUGCCACCAUCAGUAAAAAGAGGAAGAAGGCUGUUGUCCUCAUCAUCAUUGUGCUGGUGAUGUUCCUGGUCUGCUUCACUCCCAGUAACAUCAUGCUGAUGGUGCAUUACUCUCUGCUGGCUGCCAGGAUUCAGAACAACGGCUAUGGCUUCUACAUCAUCACGCUGUGCUUGUCCAGCUUAAACAGCUGCCUGGACCCAUUCGUGUACUACUUCAUCUCGGAGGAGUUCAGAGAUCAUGUGAAGAACACACUCCUGUGCCGUAGUGAACGUACAGCCAGACGGAUGAAGGUUUCUUUCAGUGCACUGAAAUUCUCAAAGAAGAGCAACACUGACUCCACCCGCACUCAGAGCACCACCUACACCUCAGACUCCGCCCACACUCAGAGCAGCACCUGCUGAAAGCAAAGUUUCUACGCAUCUGAACAAAUGUCUCACCAGCUACUACACGCAGAGCCUCUGGACUGACUCCGGAGGAUCACUCAGUGUCCAGAGUUCCUUUGAACUGAAACGGAAAAUCUGAAAACUUCAAACGCCUUUCAUUGUAGGGCAAAGCAAACUAACAUGAUUCUCCUGAAUGUCUUUAAAAGUAUCUGAGUGAGAGGAAAGAUUUAUACAAGCAACCUUUACUUCUCCUGGACAAAUGAAUAUGUAAACUUUGCUUCCAGCACUUAGAGUUUAUGAACAGUUCAGCCAAAAGCAGAGUGAGGGCAAAUGCUGCACCACCCACAGGCCAAGGAGCUGCCGCAGUCGCAAAAACCCUGGUAGGCAGGCCUGUGCACAGAUAUGUUGCAUCCACUCUUAAUAAGAGAGCAAUGUAAGCGUCUUUCACAAGAAAUCAAGCAUUUUUUUUACCAAGCUAAAGUACAUAACUUACAUAAAAAUGUAAUGUUACAUAACAACAUGCAGCCCAAACAGGCAUGUAAGCCUCCAUCACCAACAGGGAAGUGUUUAACAGUAAACACUACACGAUCUAACUGCUCCCAGCCUCACAGUGGCGACCACUAUAGAGCUCAUAUCUGGCCCUACGAGUCUGGUGUGACUAGGCCUUCAGGAGCUUUUCCCAAAGCAGCCUAUAAUGUUGGCAAAUCUGCCAUAGUCAAGAGCUGAACCCUAAUCAUCCACAAAUAGGGCGGCGUCAUUAUCCACUACACCAUCUCACUACUUUCUCAGACAUAUGUGAUGUUUGGUGGUAUCUGAAGAGCUCUCAGACAAGAAGACGUCACAUAAAUGAACAGAGAUAUAAAAUAAUUAUCCAGUGCAACCUAAACAGGAAGUUACAUGUCCGUAUAGUUUGGCAUGCUGUCACAUCUGUUUAUUUAUUUCUCAAAUGUGAAUCUUAUUUUGUACAAUAAAUUAGAUUUUUCUA